GGGGCCGUUCGGGGCUGGCCCCGGGCCAGCGGCAGCGACGUCAGCCCCGGGCCCCGCUCCCAGCGGGGGCGGCUCGGAGCGGGCCCGGCACCGGCACCGGCACCGGCGACAGCCCCGGGACGGGGGCGACACCCCCGGGGGGGCUUUGGGGGCUCCCGGUGCCACCCCGGGACCCCUUUGAAACCGCGGGGGCGGCUCCGAUCGGGCCGGUACCGGGUCCCGGUGCCACCCCCGAUUCCCGGUGCCGGUGCCAGUCCCAGUUCCCGGUAGCGCGUUUUUAAGGCGCGGGAGGCUCUGCUCGAACCGGUCCCAGUUCCCGGUACCACCCCCGGUAGGAGCUGAGGGUGCCACCACCGGUAGCCGGUCCCGGUUCCCGGUGCCGCGCUUUUACGGCGGGGGGCUCUGCCCGAACCGGUCCCGGUUCCCGGUGCCACCCCCGGUUCCCGUUCCCGGUUCCCGGUACCGCGUUUUUACUGCGGUGGGGAGGGAGGAAGGGAGGGAGAGGGGGGGGCUCUCCUCGAGCCGCUGCCGGUUCCCGGUGUCACCGGGGGGGUGAUGGGCACGGGGCGCUGCCGGUGGCGGCGGCGGCGGCGACAAUGACGGUGCCGCUGCUGAAGAUCGGGGCCGUGCUCAGCACCAUGGCCAUGGUCACCAACUGGAUGUCCCAGACCCUCCCGUCGCUCGUGGGACUCAACGGCACCGCCGUGUCCCGGGCCGGGACAUCCGAGAAAAUCACCCUUUUCCAGAGCCCAGAUGAGGGCUGGCAGGUGUUCACCUCGGCGCAGGCUCCGGACGGAAAAUGUCUCUGCACCGCCGUGAUCCCUGUGCAGGGAUCCUGCUCCCGCGACCUCCGCAGCCUCCAGCUCCGGCAGCUCCUGGAAAAGGUGCAGAACAUCUCCCAGUCCAUGGAAGUCCUGGACCUCCGCACCUUCCGGGACCUGCAGUACGUGCGGAACACGGAGGCUCUGAUGAAGGGCCUGGACUCGCGGCUCCGCGUGGCCUCUGAGGGCCACAAAGCCCUCAACGCCCGCAGCUUCCAGGAUCUGAAGGAGAAGAUGCGGGAGCUGCUGCCGCUGCUGCCGGUGCUGGAGCAGUACAAGGCGGACUCGCGGCUCAUCGUGCACCUCAAGGAGGAGGUCAGGAACCUCUCUGGGAUUCUCCUGGCCAUCCAGGAGGAGAUGGGAGCCUACGACUACGAGGAGCUACAGCAGCGCGUGCUGCUGCUGGAGGCACGGCUGCACGCCUGCCUGCAGAAACUGGGCUGUGGGAAACUGACAGGGGUCAGCAACCCCAUCACCAUCCGCGCCUCGGGAUCGCGCUUUGGAUCCUGGAUGACUGACACGAUGACGCCCAGCACCGACAGCCGGGUGUGGUACAUGGACGGCUACUACAAGGGCCGGCGUGUGCUGGAAUUCCGUAGCCUCAGCGACUUCGUCUCCGGCCAAAACUUUGUCCAGCACCUCCUGCCUCACCCUUGGGCCGGCACUGGCCACGUGGUCUUCAACGGCUCCUUGUACUACAACAAAUUCCAGAGCAACGUCGCUGUCCGCUACCACUUCCGCUCCCGCAGCGUCCUGGUGCAGCGCAGCCUUGCCGGCGCCGGCUACAACAACACCUUCCCCUACUCCUGGGGCGGCUUCUCCGACAUCGACUUCAUGGUGGAUGAGAACGGCCUCUGGGCUGUCUACACCACCAACCAGAAUGCCGGGAAUAUCGUGGUGAGUCGUGUGGAUCCGCACACCCUGGAAGUGCUGAGGAGCUGGGAUACGGGGUACCCCAAACGUAGCGCAGGCGAGUCCUUCAUGAUCUGCGGGAUUCUGUACGUCACCAAUUCCCACCUGGCCGGCGCCAAGAUUUAUUUUGCUUACCACACGAACACUUCCAGCUACGAGUACACGGAUAUCCCCUUCCAUAAUCAGUAUUCUCACAUUUCCAUGCUGGACUACAACCCGCGGGAGAGGGUGCUCUACACCUGGAAUAACGGCCACCAGGUCAUCUACAAUGUCACACUCUUCCACGUCAUCAACACGGCCGGAGAGCUGUGAUGGACAUUCCCAAGGGGAGAGAGAGAAUUCCCAGCUUUUUGUUUUCUACGCUUCCACGCUUCCCCUUUACCGUCUGCUGAAUAAUUCCAGAGGGAUGCAAUGAUGAGGUGGAAAUUCCCAGUUCUCAGUGAGUCCCAAACUGCAUUUCCCUCUUUUUUCCCUUUUUUCCUCCCCUUUUUUAAAUCUUUUUUUCCUUUUUUGUCCCCUUUCCGCCCCUCUUCCCCCCAUUUCUCCCUCUUUCCCCACUUUAUUUCCCCAUUUUUUUCCCAGCUCAUAGGAUUUUUUUUUUCCCCCACAUUUUUCUCCCAAUUCUGCAAUUUUUUCCCCUCCUCUUCCUCCUCCUCCUCCUCGGUUCUUCUGGAAUUCCGUUGGAUUCAUGGCGCAUGGAGCUGCUCUGCCUUGGGUUUUUCUGUAUUUUUUUGGGGAAUUUCGGGGCCAAAUUCCAUCUUUAUUUCGACAGCAAAUAAAAAAAUAAUAUCUCUGGC